AGUAAAUUAAAGUACCAAUAGCUAUGAUAAAGAAUAAUAAAGCUUUCGCAUCAUAUAGCUUCUUUACUGCUAGGAGCAUAACUUUCUCUCCACAGCUAAAUCUACAGUGACCAUAUUUACCAAUUGGACGAAGGAGUACAGUCUAGACUUAAAUGAUUCUGACGUUUGCAUUAAAAUUCCAACUGGUACAAACCCAAACAUUUGGGAGUUACUUUAUUCUUUUACCUCCCACACAACCGCGAUCCUUAUCAAACUAUAGAGCCGCAACAAGAUCCUCAUGUCGCUAUUGGGCAGCAAAUGGGGAAAAUACAAAGAAACUUUGUUGGCAACUUACCAGGCUAACGGCCGGCCGGUUAUAAACUACGUCACCCCAACAUAGUCGCCUGGAUGAAGUAGCACGUAGCUAGGGAAACUAUAGACUUGUCGAAAUACCAAACCGGACUUCGGACACGACAGACUUUCGACAAGCACUGAAAAACGUUGUCAGAGAAACUAUUAACACCUUUAUUGAUUCCUUCUCCGUGAAUGACGUACUUCGAGUAAAAUCAGCACCAAUUGCUGACACCGUGCUUGAGUUGCCACGCGCAACUUCGUUCUGUAUACUGUAGUCGAUUAAACUCCUAACUAUUCAGACUGAAUCCCGUCAUAGACUACAAACCACCUCUUUUCAUGUCCAAUUAAACCCACUAAACUAACACGCCUUUUUGUCUUUGAUCCGACCAUGUCGAAACAGAUCGUUUCCUGGGCCUCACGUUAGAUGACUUUGAUGGCAAUUCACUUACUUAUACAAUGAAGGCAGGUAAUCCGAUUACUCUAUACAAUCCAAUAAAAGGAUGACCCUUACUUUUGUCAAAGUAGACUUCCGAACAACGAAUUCAAGUUUUUACUAAGAGCGAAGAAAGAAAACAUAAAAUUUAGCGCUAAUGAACUGAUUGGAUCUUGUCAAUGUAGCUUUAGACCUGAGAGUUCAAUAAUUAAGCACAUAUGCGCUAGUUGCCACCUCGGUAUGCACAUCUUCGGCGAACCCAGUGAAGUGACUGGAAUCGACAUUAGCCGACUUAAAAACUUUAUUAUAGAGUUCAAGCACUACCAGAAGGGUCUUAGUGAUCCGUUAGGAGUUUUGCGGAUGUCACAAAGGACAGUCGAAUCUGCCCACGUGAGAUUUUCUGCAGCUGCAGAGAUCUAUCCUUUAACCUAACCUAACCACACAUUCGCAAAGCGUCAAUUUCGAGCUAAAAUAUGAAGGUAAUAAUAGAUCGACUCCAACCAAUACAUUAAACAGCGCGACUUUCUGUCGUACGAUUUCUUUAAUUCUGGAUGAAUAAUAGGUCAGUCAUUAAAACAUGAUUACAACUAGAUAAAGACUCGAAUUAAGAUAAUUUCGCCAAUUGGACCAUAUAGAACUCCGUUAAUAAGUUUUUGGUACAGACUUUUUGUACUCGCGUGACUAGAGUGACCUAAAAUGAUGUAGACAAUAUAUAUCGACAAGUUAGUCUUAUCAAAUAACUGAUCUGUAUCGCAUCAAAAAGAGCAUGCAAUUAUCUUAACGAGCACCCCUCGUCUACAACUUUACCACACGAUAGUGUAAUUAAAUAAAUCGUGAACACCAAUAAUUGCUGCAAUCUUAUUCUAUUAAGUAACUUUUAACUAUAAUAUUUUCCCAUUCGAGUGCCUCAGCUCGAAACUGCAAUAUUUAGAAUGACGAAAACCGAUAUUGAAAUUUUAAUUAAUCCUCGGCGGCACUUUAUAAUAGAAAAUUUUAAACGAUGAAUAAAUUGAGUCGUCACCUUUUCACACAUUUCAAACGCUUGCCACCCCCAAAAAGCACACCUCAUUUACACACUUCGGCUACUAGCCGGCGCUAUUUACAUAUCAAAUGACUAAAUUCCUUUAUUAGGUGCUAAAUCGUGUGGCGCCCAUAAGCAAAUUGAUAGUUUUAAUACAAUUAAAUUGGGGAAUAUGCACAGCAAACGGGAAUAAUUGAUGUGAUAAUCAUAAGUGAUUACUUAAUGUCUUAUUACAUAGAUAAAUAAUAGAUAACUGGACAUGUGGAAGUUUACUCAACCCAGAAGCAUUUAAAACACAAAAUAAUGAAAAAUUGAAAUUCACUUUAAAAAGGAGGAAGUCGUUGAAAACAACUCCAUUUGGGUAUUAAAAAUUCGGAAAGCUUUUAGGUCCUCGGCGUAUUCGACAAUUAAAUCUUAUUUUCACAAUUCGUUUGACAGCAAGCUAGGCAAUUCUAUAACUCUAAAAAACAGCUCUAAUACCGCGGAAGCGAUCUACGAAAGUAGGGUUAUGUUAAUUUCUGAAGAGGGUAUUUCUUGAUAUUAUUCAUAUAUAAUAUCUGACUAAAUAAAUAAUGGAACACAAAGUGUAGACUAAAUAUAGUACUAUAUAAAACAGUGUGAACUUUGAAUCAUAAACAUUUUCGUAAGCCUAUUUAAGCUUUGAAAGCGCACCAUAAUGGAUAAACUGGCAGUGCUAUCCUCGCGCAUAUUUCCAUCCGAUCCGUCUAAAGGUAAAAUCGGUUCAAUAGAGUAUAAUGUGUGGUUAGCGCAGUUGUUCGGUGUGCCUGUGGUGGGUUUAAAGGCAGAGUCACCUUUAUUGAGGAUUGCGCUCGGAAUAUAUGGCGUUUUGCUCACACUGUUGGUGACAUUCAUCUAUACGGGUUUCGAGAUUUACGAUAUGAUUUUAUGUUGGCCCAAUUUGGACGAUUUAUCGCAGAAUAUUUGCUUGUCUUUAACCCACAUCGCUGGAGUGCUGAAGGUUAUUAAUAUUUUAUAUCGCCUGGAUGAAGUUGCGCAUGUGGUGAGAAGAAUUGAGUACUCUGCAAAGACUUAUGUGAUUUCUAAAAGACAGUUAGUGGCAUUUUAUCGUGGUGAAUUUGAGAAUAAAAUACCGUUAACAAUUUAUGCCUCGCUGGUGGGUUUCACCGGCGUUCUUGGCAUCAUAUAUCUGUUCUACAAUCCUAUUGGCGUGGCGGGUCAAAUAUUCCCCUAUCGCGUAAAGCUGCCCCAUUGGAUGCCUUUCGGCUUACAACUGGCUUAUAUGGGUAUCAGUGUCUUAGUGUUUGCGCUACAAAUCGUUUCCAUCGACUAUCUCAAUGUGACAAUGAUCAAUCAAAUACGUUUUCAAUUGAAAAUUUUAAAUUUGGCUUUUGAGGAGCUCAAGUUGGAUUGCGGCAGUAAGAAGAAGGCACACAUUAAUCACGACAAACGCCUACAAACCAUAGUUGAACAUCAUUGCCUGCUACGCGAUCUGCGCAUUAAUGUGGAGGAAAUAUUCCGUAUGCCGGUGCUCUUACAGUUUUUCACCUCACUCAUCAUAUUCGCCAUGACGGGCUUUCAGGCAAUUGUCAAAACGGAGAAUUCGAAUGGUGCUGCGCUCAUUUACUGUUAUUGCGGCUGCAUAUUCUGCGAAUUGUUCGUUUAUUGUUGGUUUGGUCAUGAGGUGUCGGAACAGAGCAAGACCCUGACAACAAGCGGUUACAGCUCGCAUUGGUUUGAGUUUGAUCAGCGUUUUAAGAAAUCACUUUUAAUAUUUAUGUGUAAUUCGCAAACACCAUUUGUUUUUACAGCCGGUGGUUUUAUGUCGCUUUCGCUACCCAGUUUUACUGGUAUUUUGAGCAAAUCUUAUACUGUCAUUGCACUGCUGCGACAAGUAUAUUCACGUUGAUGUUCUUAUAUGGGACUCUAUAGCUUACACCGAAGGCUUUCACGAAAAGCUCUCUGCUGUAUUAUGGAGUGCUGAUUUAAAAAGAGCUUUAACAAAAAGCUUUCAUGAAAAGCUAUGCGAUUGUAUGAUAUAUUUAAUUAUGAAGUGUUUAUUUAGUACAGAAGCUUUACUAAAAGCUUUCACAAUAAUCUAUGUGAAUAUAUAUUAUUUUUUAGUAUGGAAUAUUUAUUUAAUGAAAAAGCUUUGACAACAAGCUUUCACGAAAAGCUAAUGAAUUGAACGAAACAACUUUUAUAAAAAACUUUCAAUGGUAUUAUUUAGUGUUUACUUAACGAAAAAACUUAAAAAGAAAGCUUUCAUAGAAAGCUAUUUAUAUGUAGACGUCAUUUAUCAUGAUUUUGGACAGCCGGAUUUACCGUUAAACAGCGCUAAACAAAUAAAUAUAACUAUAUAUUAUUAGAUUUGCUUGCUGGGAACUUUUAAUAAAACAUACGA